UUAAAGGAAACAGCAAGAUUGUGUUAUUCCAUUUUUGGACACGAACUAUUGGAAAUUAUGAGCGGUUCAUCGGCGGUACCGAGCUCGAUUUCGAGGCUGGAGGAGGACGGCUCGCAACCAAGCCCGAAAAGGCGGAAAAACUCGUCUACAAAAUCACGGGAAAAUGGCUUUAACAACAUCAGCAGCAACAGCGAGCCAACAUCAAGCCAUCCUACAACAUGCCCAGACGCUACCACAACAAAGGGUGUCGACAACGGUAACAUCGUCUCAUCAACAUCAACCGCAACUACCACAACGACAUCUAAAGAGCGAGACACGUCAACAGAAGCAACACCAAAAUCAGUAUCUGGGACUGAAGUUGUGAACGGUGACGUCAUAACGAAAGCGGAAAAUGCAAAUGAGGAGAAGGCGGAGUCAAAGUCAAAGUCAGCCAAUGGGCAGACGGGAGCGGAGAAGAAGGACCAAUCAUUGAGAAGGAAUCAGUUUGGGGAGGUGUCAGACGGUCAUAUGGCGUUAGAGGAUUGGCUGGAGCAAUGGAAGAAGGGCAAAACACGGUUCACCAUGAAAGUCCCGAACAGAAUGCUGGUGAAGCACUAUGAUAAGCUGGUUGAAGGAAAGACCAACCCGGUAUUUUUCUUACCCUGCUGUGGAAAAUCACUCGACAUCAAAUGGUUAGCCGAUAAGGGUCAUUCGGUGGUCGGCGUCGAGAUCGCCGAGAUGGCUUGCAGACAGUUCUUCGACGGUAAUGACCUGAAGUACGAGGAGGAGGAGAUCAAAGAUGGACCAAAAGGAAAACUUUUCAAGGGUGUUGACUGCGAUGUUCGACUGUAUGCCUGCGAUUUCUUCAGCGUGACGACCGCCCUCGUCGGCCAGUUUGACUGUAUCUGGGACCGCGGUUCCUGCGCGGCAAUGAAUCCCUCGGAUAGACAAAGGUACUGUGACGUCAUAUCGAAGUUACUCAAAGAGGAUGGCCGAUAUCUUCUCGACUGCUUUGAACUUGAACAUUCCGUUUUCGCUGGGCCUCCCCACACUACAGAUCCUAAAGAUUUGGAGAGGUUCUUCGAUUCAUUUGAUGUGAAGCAGAUCGAGCACGUGGAUGCAAUGAACGACUGGACGCGAUCAUGGGGUGUUGAGUACUUCUACCAGAAUGAUUUCAUCCUGACCCACAAAAAGGAAUAAAAUGUACGGAUUACGAAGAAGUGAAAGAAAAGAGUCCCAGACGCUCUUUCUAUCAAAACCAGAAAUCCGAUUGAAAUUGAAAAGUAUACACGUAUUGUUAAAAGUCGAAGGCCAGUCAAAUUAUAUUUUCCUAUUAAUAGGACUAUUCUACUAUGUUUGUAUAGACCUGUGAAGGCAGAGCACACCUUCAAGUUGAAUCUAGGUACUCCUCAAUUUUUCUAGAAAUCACAUAAUUAUUUUUAAAGUUAAGCAUUUUUUAAUACGAUAGAUUCGAUUGAUUAUGAAAUAUCUCGUGGAUGGAACUUUUUUUUUCCGAACUUGCAGAUUAUAAAUGUCGAAAAUGACGAUAAAUUAAGACUUUAUUCUCCUUUUCUGAAGGGAAAACAUAUUCCUGUAUAGAAGAUGAUACCGACUCAAUGUCGUAUUUAUGUAAAGCUUUGUAAAUCAAUAAAAAUGCGCUGGGAAAAAACACUUUCUAGAAAUACUCUGUGUAUAAUAAUUAUAUGAAACAAGGUCUAUUUGUUAUUCGCAAAAGACAAUUUUGAGAAUAUAUAAACAAAUACAGUGUCCAUCUUUUCAUCGGUGUUUUGCGAUAUUAUUGCAUGCAACAACACAAUGGAUUAUAUACAAUGGAGACGAAAAUCAUGUUCCUUUUCUUUUUGUAAAAAAACUGCCAGACAAUUAUUGUCGUAAUUUAUAUGACAUCUUUCAUUGUAUUACCUCGUCUCUACCUAUAUAUUGUAUUUUUCUAUAAUCAUUGUAAAUGUUAUAUCGUUAAUUGAACUAAUUUUGCAACUAAUUUUGCAAAUGCACCAAAUCUUGUCAGAACUUUACUGAACAGUUAAGUUGAGCCCAACAGAAUUGCAUUCGAUCUCCCUCGAAGCAGUUCCCCAAAGUUUACAGCCCUGAUUAAAAGGACUAGUAAGAGUUGUUUAGAGAGAAAUCAAAUCUCGGUUAUUUUGAUUUCGGCAAUCAAUAAUGACAAUCAAACAGUUAACAUGGUAGUGAUAUGUUUCGUUGCGAAUUAUUUUGUAUGCAGUAAACUAACUUUUAAUUGCUUACGUUAAUCAACAUACAAUUUACGGUAUUGACUAACAAUGAGAAUGAUUGUAAUUAUUUGAUUCAUAGACUUUUCAAGUGCAUACUUAUUUCCAGGGGCGGAUACAGAAUUCUUUAAAAGAUGGGGGCA